UGACAAAAGAACUCGAAGAAAUUAAAUUGGAGAUCGACUAUAAAGAAUAACACCCACCUCCUCAUCAACCACCAUUAUUCGAUCCGUAUGGAUCUUCUAUGAAGAUUGAGAUAAAGAAAGCUUUGAGAAGAUGACAGAAGCAAACAGUUGUCACGAGAUUAAAACUAUAUCUGUAAAAAAGCCUUUUUGGAAAAAACACUCUUACAAGACAGCUGCUAGUUAUGGCUAUAGAGAUUGAGCAGCCCUCUGUUGGGCUAUCAAAAGUUGCAGUUUCUGAUACUCAUGGGGAAGACUCUCCAUAUUUCGCCGGCUGGAAAGCUUAUGAUGAAAACCCAUAUGAUGAACUCAAUAACCCUUUGGGAGUUAUACAGAUGGGGUUGGCAGAAAACCAAGUUUCAUUUGAUUUGCUAGAAGAGUACUUGGAAGAGCAUUCAGAAGCCUCUAGCUGGGGAAAAGGAGCAUCUGGCUUUAGAGAGAAUGCUUUGUUUCAAGAUUACCACGGACUUAAAUCAUUCAGAAAGGCAAUGGCAAGUUUCAUGGAACAAAUAAGAGGGGGGAGAGUAAAGUUCGACCCUGAAAGAGUUGUCUUAACCGCCGGUGCUACAGCUGCUAAUGAGCUGUUGACCUUCAUUCUUGCCGAUCCUGGCGAUGCUUUGCUUGUUCCAACCCCAUACUAUCCGGGAUUUGACAGAGAUUUAAGGUGGAGAACUGGUGUAAAAAUUGUACCAAUCCACUGUGACAGCUCAAACAAUUUUCAGAUUACUCCAGAAGCCUUAGAAGCCGCCUACAACAAUGCAAAAGCCAUGAACAUCAAAGUGAGAGGGGUGCUAAUCACAAACCCUUCCAACCCAUUAGGCGCAACAAUCCAACGGUUAGUUCUUGAAGAGAUUCUCGACUUUGUCACUCGCAAGAACAUCCAUCUUGUCUCCGACGAAAUCUACUCAGGAUCCGUCUUCUCACCGACCGAGUUCAUAAGCGUUGCAGAAAUCCUUGAAGCCCGCAAAUUUAAGGAUUCAGAAAGAGUUCACAUUGUUUACAGUCUAUCAAAAGAUCUCGGCCUCCCGGGUUUUAGAGUUGGCACGAUAUACUCGUACAACGACAAGGUUGUGACAACAGCGAGGAGGAUGUCUAGCUUCACCUUAAUUUCUUCACAAACACAGCAUUUGUUGGCUUCCAUGUUGUCUAACAAGGCAUUCACAGAGAAUUACAUCAUGAUAAACAGAGAGAGAUUAAGGAAGAGGUAUGAAAUGAUCAUUGAAGGGCUUAGGAGUUCUGGUAUUGAGUGUUUGAAAGGAAAUGCAGGGUUGUUUUGCUGGAUGAAUUUAAGCCCAUUGUUGGAUAAGCCUACAAGAGAAGGUGAAUUGGCUCUUUGGGACUCCAUGCUUCAUGAAGUGAAGCUAAAUAUAUCUCCAGGCUCUUCUUGCCAUUGCUCUGAACCAGGUUGGUUCAGGGUGUGUUUUGCUAACAUGAGUGAGCUCACACUACAAGUUGCGUUGAAAAGAAUUCAUAUUUUCAUGGAAAAAAAAGGAGGAGAGAGAAAUCAACAAAUCUUUUCUCAGUAAUCUCUUCCCUUUUUUUUAUGGUUCUACCCAUUUUGAUUCUUUGGAUGACAUGACUGAGACCAGAGAUUUCAUUGAUUUCUAUCUCCUUCUCGUUUUUCCAUGAAACCAUGAAUUCUUUUCAACGCAAUUACACUGUAAAUCACAUUGAAUUGGAAAGUAGUUUUGUUUGCUUGCUUUGCUCUGAGCAAGUUUUGCAGAAA